GGCGAGGAGUAUCAGGAGCUAAUAGCUAACGUUGUUGUGUAAAUGAUCAGUUUUCCACCGCCAAAAUGGCGAAACUGUAUGUGUUUAGAGAAUUUAUCAGUGAGAUAUUAUCAAAAGCAACUUUAAAGAUUUUCGGAGUGGUUGAAAAAACGCUUAUUGAGUACAAAAAAGAAAUCUCUCGUUCUGAGGAGGAGAGGAAGCGGCUACAACGGCUGUUGAACGUUGUUACUCAACCCAAUAUUGCAGAAGUGCAGCAGGUCUCUCUCCUGGAGCCCCCACAGAUUAAAGAGGAACAGGAGCUGUGGACCAGUAAGGAGGAAGAGCAGCUCCAAGGACUGCAGUCUGAAACUACAGACUCCAUAUUCACCAGGGACUCCAACUUGCAUAUCAGAGCAUUUCUCAGUGAGAGAUUAACAACAGCAGCUUCAGAGAUUUUCGGGGCCAUUGAAAUAACAUUUGCUGAGUACCAAGAAGAAAUCUCUCGUUCUGAGGAGGAGAGGAAGCGGAUACAACGGCUGUUUGACAUUGUUGCUCAACCUGAGAUCAAGCUACACCGAACAGAAGUGCAGCAGCUCUCUCUCCCGGAGCCCCCACAGAUUAAAGAGGAACAGGAGCUGUGGACCAGUCAGGAGGAAGAGCAGCUCCAAGGACUGCAGUCUGAAACUACAGACUCCAUAUUCACUUCUCUCAGUGUGAAACAUGACUCGGAUCAAGAGGGCUCUGUUGAAUGUUCACAUCUUGACCAAGCUGUCCAAGUGGACAACAGAGAAGGAGACUCUCUACACACCAACACAACUGAGGAGCAAAUCAAAGUAGAUCCUGAAGAACAUAACUAUGCAGCACCACAACCAGGCAGUGAUUCUCAGUCCCUCUCUGUUGUAGCUCCAGACUGUCCUGCAGCUCAGAGUUUGGAGGAGGAGGAACAUGGCGGAGUGAUGCCUUUGCUAGAAACAGUCAAAUCAAGCAGAAAGAACAUGACUCUGCCCACGGAAGGUACGCCACAGGGAAGUCAUGCAGGAGAGAAACCUUAUCAGUGUCAAGAAUGUAACAAAACAUUUAAUAGGAAAUCUCGUUUAGUUGUUCACAUGAGGACGCACACUGGAGAGAAACCUUAUCAGUGUCUAGAAUGUAACAAUGCUUUUAGUCUUAAAGCGUCUUUGGUUAUUCAUAUGAGGACUCACACAGGAGCGAAACCUUAUCAGUGUCUAGAAUGUAACAAUGCUUUUAGGCAUAAAGCUUCUUUGGUUAUUCAUAUGAGGACACACACAGGAGAAAAACCUUAUCAGUGUCCACAUUGUAGCAAACUAUUUGCUCAAAGGGGUAGUUUGGUUGCACACAUGAGGACACACACGGUAGAAAAACAUUUUCAGUGUCAUGAAUGUAACCAAAGAUUUCGUUGGAAGUACAAUUUGGUUGAUCACAUGAGGACACACACAGGAGAGCAACAGGAGAUGUGUACCAGUCAGGAGGGAGAUCAGCUCCAAGGACUGCAGUCUCAAACUACAGACCCCAUAUUAACUUCUCUCAGUGUGAAACAUGAUUCAGAUCAAGAGGGCUCAGUUGAAUGUUCACAUCUUGACCAAGCUGUCCAAGUGGACAACAGAGAAGGAGACUCUCUACCCACCAACACAACUGAGGAGCAAAUCAAAGCAGAGCCUGAUGAACAAGACUAUGCAGCACCAGAACCAGGCAGUGACUCUCAGCCCCUCUCUGUUGUAGCUCCAGACUGUGCUGCAGCUCAGAGUUUGGAGGAGGAGGAGGAACAUGGAGGAAUGAUGCCUUUCCUAGAAACAGUCAAAUCAAGCAGAAAAAGAAAGAACAUGACUCUGCCCAUGGAAGGUAUGCCGCAGGGAAGUCACGCAGGAGAGAAACCUUAUCAGUGUCUAGAAUGUAACAAAACUUUUCGUUGGAAAUCUCAUUUCCUUGCUCACAUGAGGACGCACACUGGAGAGAAACCUUAUCAGUGUCUAGAAUGCAAGAAGAGCUUUUCUAUGAAAGGUACUUUGCUUAUUCAUAUGACAAUACACACAGGAGAGAAACCUUAUCAAUGUCCACAUUGUGGCAAACGUUUUGUUCAAAAGAGUAGUUUGGUUUUACACAUGAAGAGACACACAGGAGAAAAACCUUAUCAGUGUCCACAUUGUAGCAAGCGAUUUUUUCAUGAGUGUAAACUGGUUUUACACAUGAGGACACACACGGGAGAGAAACCUUUUCAGUGUGAAGAAUGUAACAACACCUUCAGCCGCAAAGAUACUUUGGUAGUGCACAUGAGUACACACACAGUAGUGAAACCGUAUCAAUGUCAGGAAUGUAGCAAACGCUUCAUUUCCAGGUAUAAGCUGGUUACACACUUGAGGAGUCACUAUGUAGGAAAAUCAUAUCAGUGUCAGGAAUGUAACCAAAGAUUUUGCUUAAAGUACAAUUUGGUUGAACACAUGAGGACACACACGGGAGAGGAACAGAAGAUGUGGACCAGUCAGGAGGAAGAUCAGCUCCAAGGACUGCAGUCUCAAACUACAGACCCUAUAUUCACUUCUCCCAGUGUGAAACAUGAUUCGGAUCAAGAGGGCUCAGUUGAAUGUUCACAUCUUGACCAAGCUGUCCAAGUGGACAACAGAGAAGGAGACUCUCUACCCACCAACACAACUGAGGAGCAAAUCAAAGUAGAUCCUGAAGAACAUAACUAUGCAGCAUCAGAACCAGGCAGUAACUCUCAGCCCCUCUCUGUUGUAGCUCCAGACUGUCCUGCAGCUCAGAGUUUGGAGGAACAUGGAGUGAUGCCUUUGCUAGAAACAUUCAAAUCAAGCAAAAAAAGAAAGAAGAAUAACAUGACUCUGCCCAAUGAAGGUACUCCACAGAGAAGUCACACUGGAGAGAAACCUCAGUGUCUAGAAUGUAACAAAACUUUUCGUUGGAAAUCUCAUUUCCUUGCUCACAUGAGGACGCACACUGGAGAGAAACCUUAUCAGUGUUUAGAAUGUAACAAAACAUUUAGCAGGAAAUCUCGUUUCCUUGCUCACAUGAGGACACACACAGGAGAAAAACCUUAUCAGUGUCCACAUUGUAGCAAACUAUUUACUCAAAAGGGUGGUCUGGUUGCACACAUGAGGACACACACAGGAGAAAAACCUUAUCAGUGUCCACAUUGUAGCAAACGUUUUGCUCACAAGGGUGGUCUGGUUGAACACAUAAGGACACACACAGGAGAGAAACCAUUUCAGUGUCAAGAAUGUAACAACACUUUCCGCCGAAAAGAUAGUUUGGUUGCGCAUAUGAGAACACAUACAGGAGUGAGACCGUAUCAAUGUCAGGAAUGUACCAAACGCUUCAUUUCCAAGGUUAAUUUGGUUCAACACUUGAGGACACACACAGGAGAGAACCCAUAUCAGUGUUAGGAAUAUCAUAAAAUAUUUUUAUUAAGGUCGCAAUUGGGUAAGCAUAUGAGGAUUCACACAGGAGAGAACCUUAACGGUGUCAACAAUUUAUCAAACUCUGUAAUCACAAGUGUAAUCUCAUUUCGAACAAGAAGAUGACACAAGAGCAGAAACUCUGUCAGAAGUUAUUCAGACUUUAUAAAAGCUUCAAGAUGUUUAGAGUUGGGGACACUUCACUCCUGGUUUCAAGUCAUGUGGAAAAAGCAUGGAUUUGGGAAACAAGCUACAACUUUAGUUUAAGGUCUUUGCGCUAGUUUGGGUUGCAAAUAAACU